GAUAGCUCAGUUUAGUGAAGUCUCCAUGUGUGCAUAUGGCGACUGUUGAGCGAAUGCGCCCGUCUGCUUUACGAUUCACUCAUGGCAGUGUUGGCUGUCGAUUUUCGAACGGAUGUGGUCUUGAAGAAACGUUUAGGCAGAUACUUUACGAUGACAUCAAUGUUAGUGAUCUGCCUCUCCUUGUCGCGAUGCCAUAUGAAAACGAGUGGUUUGUCGUCAGAGGUAACAGACGAUUGUAUAUCUACAAAAUACUUGAGACAGCUGGGAAAAUUUCAGAAGUAGACGUGAAAUGUAUUCCUUUUAAAUCUUAUCUGUUCAAUCGUCAACACUCGACAGAAAAUUCGGGUAGAUUUCUACGUAUUCGAGGUAACCCACAGCUGACUGAGGAUUUAAAACAAAUAAUUCGAACAUGGGAAACUUUCAGUGAAAGAAGAGGGAAUUACGUUUAUGAUUCAGAAUGGAGUAGUUAUAGCAACGACAGGGUUAGACCGGAAAGUGCUACAAGUGUCCAGUCUUCGGACACUCCAACAGUUAGAUCAUAUAUAGGUACUCAGGAACGUGCUGCAAGUGUCCAGUCUUCGGACACUCCUACUGUUAAAUUGUACAGACGUCUUCUGCAUGAGUAUUUAUCAAGCAUGGGUUCUCCGGACAGUGAUACACGACACCAGUCUUCGGACACUCCAACAGUUAGAUCAUAUACAGGUACUCCGGAACGUGCUACACGUGUCCAGUCUUCGGACACUCCAACAGUUAGAUCAUAUAGAGGUACUCCGGAACGUGCUACACGUGUCCAGUCUUCGGACACUCCAACAGUUAGAUCAUAUACAUGUACUCCGGAACGUGCUACACGUGUCCAGUCUUCGGACACUCCAACAGUUAGAUCAUAUAUAGGUACCCCGGAACGAGCUGCAAGUGUCCAGUCUGCGGACACUCCUACUGUUAAAUUGUACAGACGUCUUCUGCAUGAGUAUUUAUCAAGCAUGGGUUCUCCGGACAGUGAUACACGACACCAGUCUUCGGACACUCCAACAGUUAGAUCAUAUACAGGUACUCCGGAACGUGCUACACGUGUCCAGUCUUCGGACACUCCAACAGUUAGAUCAUAUAGAGGUACUCCGGAACGUGCUACACGUGUCCAGUCUUCGGACACUCCAACAGUUAGAUCAUAUACAGGUACUCCGGAACGUGCUACACGUGUCCAGUCUUCGGACACUCCAACAGUUAGAUCAUAUGCAUGUACUCCGGAACGUGCUACACGUGUCCAGUCUUCGGACACUCCAACAGUUAGAUCAUAUAUAGGUACUCCGGAACGUGCUGCAAGUGUCCAGUCUUCGGACACUCCAACAGUUAGAUCAUAUAUAGGUACUUCGGAACGUGCUACACGUGUCCAGUCUUCGGACACUCCAACAGUUAGAUCAUAUAUAGGUACUUCGGAACGUGCUACACGUGUCCAGUCUUCGGACACUCCAACAGUUAGAUCAUAUAUAGGUACUUCGGAACGUGCUACACGUGUCCAGUCUUCGGACACUCCAACAGUUAGAUCAUAUAUAGGUACUUCGGAACGUGCUACACGUGUCCAGUCUUCGGACACUCCAACAGUUAGAUCAUAUAUAGGUACUCCGAAACGUGCUGCAAGUGUCCAGUCUUCGGACACUCCAACAGUUAGAUCAUAUAGAGGUACUCCGGAACGUGCUACCCGUGUCCAGUCUUCGGACACUCCAACAGUUCCAUCAUAUAGACGUUCUCCGGAAAGGGCUGCAAGUGUCCACUCUUGGGACACUCCAACAGUUAGAUCAUAUAGACGUAUUCCGGAAAGUGCUACACGUGACCAGUCUUGGGAAAGAUUAUACAGACGAAAUACGGAAAGGGCUACACGUCUCCAGACAUGGGACACUCCAACAGUUAUAUCAUAUAAACGUAUUCCGGAAAGUGAUACAACUGACCAGUCUUGGGACACUCCAAUAUUUAGAUCAUACAGACGUAGUCUGGAAAGUGAUACAACUGACCAGUCUUGGGACACUCCAAAAGUUAGAUCAUACAGACGUCCUCUGGAUCCGAUCCAUCGCUCAACAGAUUCUUCCGACUUUUCGACGUGUUGCUGUAAACUGCUGGCGUUUCUGCUGGUUUUGGUGCUUUUCUUGGUUCUACCGAUCAUACCCGACAAAUCUAGAUUGUAGAAGGAAUUAUUAACUUUAGUUAAACUAUGUCGUACAUAAAAAGUUAGCACAUAACUGGACUGUUCUGUGACGUAAAACGCCUAUGCCAUAAAGACACACGUGCCAUAACGCUUGUGAUGUCAUGAUUAUACGACGUCACAGACUUGUUUCGGUAGUUAAAAUGUCCGGUCCGAGAUGAAAUUCUGUAUUCGUCUGUCUUUUGGGGAAAUUAAUCGGAGAAUUGUGGUUUAUAUUCAUAGCAAUGUAAGUGAUAUGAUGAAUAGAAUCUUACAAUCCAGCAGCCAUAUUGGAUUCAUAAUAAA